UUCUCUCUCUCUCUGAGAGGGGUUAGGGUCUGGAACUGGAAGGCGAGUGCCUACAAGGUGGGAGUUGGGGGUCCUCUCCUCCUUGGGAAGCCACAUCUGGUGCUAGGAGAAGGGUGGAGAAAUGGCUGCAGCAGGCCACUGCGUCCGAUCUCGCCUCCGCGACCUCAUGGUUCGGCCCUUGAGGGAGAAGUGCCACGGCUCCCUCGCCUCCUUUCUGCUAACUGGCGACGACGUCAACGCGAACGGAAGCCGCUUCGGAGAGAACCCCCGCCUUUACCACCAUGUUGCCGCAAGCACUAUUUUGGGCGGCAAGGGGAGAACCAUCGGUUCUGAAACCAACUAUGAGGUCACUGGUGGACUAUGUCGAUUAGGUAGAUUUGGACAUGGGCUUUCAUUUGGCUCUCGUUUUUAUUCUACAGACAAAGACGAUGUAGAGAGAGAAAAGUUGGCAAAGGAGCUCUCCAAGGAUUGGAGUGCAGUUUUUGAACGGAGUAUAAAUACGUUGUUCUUAACUGAAAUGGUGAGGGGUAUGAUGCUGACACUGAAGUACUUCUUUGAGAGGAAGGUUACUAUCAACUAUCCAUUUGAAAAGGGACCUUUGAGUCCUCGUUUUCGUGGUGAACAUGCACUUCGCCGAUAUCCAACAGGGGAGGAACGUUGUAUUGCUUGCAAGCUAUGUGAAGCGAUUUGCCCAGCUCAGGCAAUCACAAUUGAAGCUGAAGAACGUGAAGAUGGAAGCCGUAGAACAACUAGGUACGAUAUCGACAUGACAAAAUGCAUCUAUUGUGGAUUCUGCCAAGAGGCUUGCCCUGUUGAUGCCAUUGUGGAAGGUCCCAACUUUGAGUUUGCUACCGAAACGCAUGAGGAGCUGCUUUAUGACAAGGAGAAGCUGCUGGAAAAUGGGGAUAGAUGGGAAACAGAGAUAGCAGAAAAUCUCCGAUCCGAGAGUCUGUAUCGAUGAGAAGGCAGUUAAAUGUUUUUGCCUGCUGCUUAAGUGGAUGGAUGAAACAUGAAAUAAAAGUUCCGAUCUGAAGAGGGUAUCUUUUGAUGACUUUGUCUAUUUUUGUUUCUUGUAUCAGAAUUCAAAUCCAUUGUAACUUCGUCCCUCCUUCCCUUGUUUAUCUCGCUUCUGUUCGCUAACGUUUGACAUCUAUUGAAGAAUAAACUUUGAUGCAA